UUAGAAUUUCAAAAUCCCAUUCUUUCUUCUUCAAUAAAACCACAAAAAAUCUUCGGAAUCAUCGACGCAGUCGUCAUGCAUUCGGAAAUAAGAUCAAAUUCAGACUCGAAACAUUUAUCUCUUGCGGUGGUUGAGGAGCAAGAGCCAAUGCCGCCUCAAGCGUGUAGUGAAAGCAAGAUUGUGAGAAAAUCUCCGCGAUUCAUUCCUACUCCGAGUUCUGAUAAUUUUAUGCGACGGUCACCGCGAUUCGUAAGUGCGGGAGUCGUUUUGAACGAGAAAAAUAAACAAUGUGGUACUGAUUUAAAAUUUUUUAAUGAUAAAAGUCCUAAAAGGCCGUUGAGAUCUGCUGACAAUGGCCAAUUGAAUAAUGCUUCCGUCAAGAAGAAGAGUGAGCCCUCCACUUCUGUUAAGAAGAAACAGAAGCAGAAGAAUGAUUCUUACUUGAUCGGAGAUCCAAUAACUGCUGAUGAAGCUCAAGAAAGAUGGGGUUGGCGUUAUGACUUGAAGAGUCAGAGAUCGAAGGGAAAAGACUGCACAUCAAAUGAUGAUGAUGAAGACAAGAUAAUAUCAAAUGUGGAAUGUCAUUAUGCUGAAGCUCAUAUUGGUGAUUGCAUUUUUUGUCUUGGAGAUUGUGCAUAUAUAAAGGGUGAAGGAGCUCAAAAACAUGUUGGCAGAAUCUUAGAGUUUUUCAAAACAACAGACGGAGAAGAAUACUUUCGAGUCCAAUGGUUCUAUAGAGCUGAAGAUACGGUUAUGCAAGGCGUUGCUGCCUUUCACGAUGGAAAACGCUUAUUCUAUUCCACUGUAAUGAAUGAUAAUCCGGUAGAUUGCAUUAUUUCAAAAGUUAAUGUCACACAAAAACCACCGAAGUUUGGUUUGAAAUCAAACUCUGCUUCAUCUUCUGGCUUCUACUUUGACAUGGAGUACUGUGUGGAGUAUUCAACAUUUCGAAGUUAUCAAAUUGACAAUUCUUCCAAGGUUCCUGUUUUAGCAUUAGCCCCUUGCACUGAGACUGUUCCUACAGCAGCCACUGUGACUUCCUUGGAAAUUAUUCCCAGUUGUGAAACUUUCAAAGAGAAGUUGGUGCUAUUAGAUCUUUAUUCUGGCUGUGGAGGAAUGUCAACUGGAUUAUGCAUGGGAGCCAAACUUUCUUGCAUUGAUCUUGUGACGAGAUGGGCUAUUGAUAUUGACAAGUCUGCGUGCAAAAGCUUGAAGUUGAAUCAUCCAGAGACACAAGUUAGGAAUGAAGCUGCUGAGGAUUUUCUUGAACUAUUGAAGGAAUGGCAAAAGCUAUGCAAACGGUAUGCAAUAAAUAACAAAGAAAAUACACGUCCAUCACGUUCAGAGGUCUCAAGGUCAGCAACCAACAAUGUAAGUUCUUCCAGUGGUGCUGAUAUCCCCACUGGUGAAUUCGAAGUUGCUAGUGUUGUUGAUAUUUGUUAUGGUGAUCCUGACAAGACAGGCAAGCGUGGACUAAAAUUUAAGGUGCAUUGGAAGGGGUAUGGUACAAGUGAAGAUUCAUGGGAACCAGUUGAAGGAUUAAGUAAUUGCCAAGAAAGGGUACAGGAUUUUGUAAUAAAGGGUUUCAAGUCUAAGAUCUUGCCAAUUCCUGGUGAUGUUGAUGUUAUUUGUGGAGGCCCUCCAUGCCAAGGAAUUAGUGGCUAUAAUCGAUUCAGAAAUGUUGAUUCCCCUUUGGAUGAUGAAAGAAAUCGUCAGAUAGUAGUCUUCAUGGACAUAGUGGAAUUCUUAAAACCUAAAUUUGUGUUAAUGGAGAAUGUGGUUGACAUUCUGAGAUUUGAUAAGGCUUCUCUAGGAAGAUAUGCUUUAAGUCGAUUGGUACAUUUGAAAUACCAAGCAAGGCUUGGUAUCAUUGCAGCUGGUUGUUAUGGUCUCCCCCAAUUCCGAUUGCGUGUUUUCUUGUGGGGAGCACAUCCUACUGAGAAACUACCCCAAUUUCCACUUCCUACACAUGAUGUCAUCGUCAGAUAUUGGCCUCCACCUGAGUUUGAGCGUAAUACUGUUGCUUAUGAUGAAGAACAACCUCGUGAACUUGAAAAACCCAUUGUUCUUCAAGAUGCCAUUUCUGAUCUUCCAGCCGUCCAAAGCCAUGAAGCUCGGGAGGAAAUGUUGUAUGAAAAGCCUCCGGAAACAGAGUUUCAAAGAUUUAUAAGGUCAAGAAAAUCUGAGAUGAUCGGUUUUGGACUCAAUGAUUCUAAAAGUAAAAAAUGCAUAUUGUAUGAUCAUCGACCUUACCAGUUGUCUGAAGAUGAUUAUAUCAGGGUUUGCCAAAUCCCAAAAAGGAAGGGAGCAAAUUUCAGGGACCUCCCUGGUGUAGUUGUUGGAGCUGACAAUGUGGCUAGGCGAGAUCCAACAAAAGAACAAAUGUUGUUACCGUCUGGAAAACCAAUGGUACCUGAUUAUGUCUUCUCUUUUGAACAAGGAAAGUCCAAAAGACCAUUCGCUAGGUUAUGGUGGGAUGAGAACGUUCCAACUUUAGUGACUUUCCCAAAUCUUCACAGCAUGCCAAUGCUACAUCCAGAGCAAGAUCGAGUUCUCACUGUACGGGAAUGUGCUAGGUUGCAAGGGUUUCCUGAUUAUUAUAGAUUCUGUGGAACGGUCAAAGAGAGAUAUGCUCAGAUUGGAAAUGCAGUUUCUGUUUCUGUGUCUCAAGCCUUAGGAUAUGCGCUCGGACAAGCGGUUCAAAAACUGAGUGGUGAUGAUCCUUUGAUGACCCUGCCCCCCAAGUUUUCCCAUUCAACUAAUCUUGAACUAGGCAAGUCUCUAUUUCAGAAGACUGAUUAGCAUUCAAUUUUUUCAUCCCUUGAACAAAUCUUGUUAUUUUUUGCAAUGCAUAAAACUAGUCUCUAGAUCAGAGUGGAAACGGUUAUGGAGGGUAGAGCUUAGAA